AUGGCUCCCACCAACAAGUAUAGUAUUUUGCUUCCAACGUACAAUGAGAGAAACAAUCUUCCUCUUAUUGUCUGGCUGCUGGUGAAGUACCUGGGCAGUGAGUAUGAGUAUGAGAUCAUUAUCAUUGACGAUGGAAGCCCUGAUGGCACGCUUGAUGUUGCUAAAGAAUUGCAAAGAAUUUAUGGGGAUGAUAAAAUUAUUCUUCGACCAAGGGAGAAAAAACUGGGAUUAGGCACAGCAUACAUCCAUGGAAUGAAACAUGCGACUGGCAACUUCAUCAUUAUACUUGAUGCCGACCUCUCCCAUCAGCCAAAGUUUAUUCCAGAUUUCAUCAAGAAACAAGCAGAAAAGGAUUAUGACAUAGUCACAGGCACCCGAUAUGUUGGUAGCGGUGGAGUCUACGGCUGGGAUUUUAAGAGAAAACUCAUCAGCCGUGGUGCCAACUAUGUGACCCAGGUGCUCCUACGUCCAGGUGUGACUGACCUCACCGGAAGCUUCCGCCUGUACAGGAAGCUUGUGUUGGAGAAGCUCAUUAACUCAUGCGUGUCCAAGGGUUACAUGUUCCAGGUAGAGAUGAUGGUCCGAGCUCGACAGUUUGGUUUUUCUGUUGCUGAGGUUCCCAUUACGUUUGUUGACAGACUUUACGGAGAAUCUAAGCUGGGUGGCAGCGAGAUUGUCGGCUUCCUAAAGGGCAUUCUCUAUUUAUUUGCAACCACUUAA